AAUUCCUACAGUCGUACUUCCUGGUUAGAUUACACGUAGCGUCACUUCUGUGUUGUAGCGCUUCGGAGUAGAUAGCUACAAACGACGAGUUUUACAGACGUAUUUUGUGCAUCUACGAUUUUUAUUCACUCGUGUUUAUAGACGUAUUUAUUUACUUUGACUAUAAUGAAGCCACAGCGGCGUGUGUCGCUGUGUUUGGCCUCAUAUGUAGGCUAACUAUGUUAUCAAGCUAAUAUUGGCAAGACUAGUUAGUAAGUACGCUAACAGUUACUUGUGUUUACGAUUUUUUUUCCAAGAUGUAUACUUUAUUAUCUGGAUUAUAUAAGUACAUGUUCCAAAAGGAUGAAUACUGCGUUUUGAUCCUUGGACUGGACAACGCUGGGAAAACGACCUUUCUGGAACAAACCAAAACAAAGUUCAGUAAGAACUAUAAGGGAAUGAAUUUAUCGAAGAUCACAACCACAGUCGGUCUGAACAUUGGUACAAUUGAUGUGGGCAAGGCUCGUCUAAUGUUCUGGGAUCUGGGAGGUCAGGAGGAGCUCCAGUCUCUGUGGGACAAAUACUAUGCUGAGUCCCAUGGAGUCAUCUAUGUGAUAGAUUCAACUGAUGAAGAGCGCCUGUCAGAAUCAAAGGAGGCCUUUGAGAAAAUGAUCAGCAGUGAGGUGUUAGAAGGUGUCCCCCUCCUUGUGUUGGCCAACAAGCAGGAUGUACCGAACUGUUUGUCUGUGCCGGACAUUAAAACAGCCUUCAGCGACUCUGCCCCGAAGAUUGGCAAGAGAGAUUGUUUAGUCCAACCUUGUACUGCCCUCACAGGGUAAGACUGCUACUGCGUUAAAGGGAUGGAGUGAAUGAAGGCAUUGAGUGGAUGGUGAAGUGUGUGGUCAGAAACAUUCACAGGCCACCCAGACAGAAGGACAUCACGUAAGAAGUCAUCAGCACUCUUUACUCUUCUUUUGGACUGUGAGUUUCUCCUCAAGGACAUUCCAUGGAAACCCUGGAGCUGAUAAUUCUCCUCUCUCCUCGUGUUUGCUGUGACUUUGAACUGUUUGGAUUUCUGCUCUUUGGAGUUCAUUACAGACAGCGUGUGACAGUAUUUUUAUCACCAAGCAUAAUUUCAGAUGUGCUUUGAAUGGACAUCUGUGUGAUCCACUUGUUAGACUUUUUGAAGCGGUGUUAUAAUUUCUUCUGCUUCAUGUGUGAGCAGCAGCCCCAGUCUCUGGUGCAGGCUGGGGUUGUUGCGACUGUGUCUGCAUGGAGCUUCACUGACUGACACCCUGCACUGUGAUCACAAGAGCACAGAAACAUCCGUUUGACACAUCAGUUCUCACAUAAAAUAUGCAAAACUGUAAUAGGGUGGUUCUCUGUUUGUCCACAGUAUCAGCUUAACUAAACAGUGUUUAGCUCACACUAUUAAAGUUGAACUGGAAUUUGAAGUUUUUGUGUAAGGAAAUGUCAACUAACAAUGAUACUGCAGCUAUUGUGCACAUUUUUCAAAAGAGGAUAGAAAUGGAUAGAUGGAUGAGUGACAACAGAGAAUGGGUGUUGCUAGGCGACGUGCUGUCAAAUUCCAUGGUGCUCUACUAGUUUGUUGAGUUUUGUAGUCCAUUCGGUAAGUGGAAGCUAGUUAGCUUGCUAACAUUAACACUGAUUCCCACUAGAACUUACUUUAGUUCAUGUUAUUUCACCACCUGCUCGGUCACUGUCAAACUCCUGCACACUGAGUGCUUUGUUCAUUCCACAUUCGACAAAGGACAGGGUCUUUGAAUCAUGACACAGUGUAACGUAGGGAGUGCUGAAAUCAUAGAUAGUAGCCUACUAAGCAAAUGCGAACAACGUGGAUCCCCAACUGGUUAACUACCUGUGUGGCAGUUAAAAUUGAAGUAAUACAGUUUCCGCCCACACAGAUGUUGCACCAAUCAAAUUACAGUAUCGACAUCAUCAGUCAAAAACCACAAAUUCAGCUUCCUGAACAAUUCCAAUGUAGAGGGCGCUGUAACUGCAAAAAGAUAAAUAAAACAAAUUUCUUCUUUUCAGUAAUUACAAUUUUGUGCACACGUCAGUCACCAAAGACAUAUAUACAGAUUUUUUUAGCAACAAAUAAUUUUAAUUUCAGUUUGACUUGAAAGUUUGAACUCUCUUACUUGCUGUUGACAUGUUGUUUAUAGCCCUUAACAAACUUAACUUGUAAUAUCAUUUAUUCAUCAUGUUUUUGGCUUCAGAUAACUAUCAUAAGUUAUUUAUGAUGGAUAAAUGAGAACAAAUGACGUAUAAUUUUGAAGGGUUAGUGAUUUGACAAGUUUUCCUGUGACAGCUGUGUAGUGUGUAGAGUUCAAAUCAAAUAAUGUGAGGAAAAGAACAAUAACUACUCUAUUAAUAGUUUUGUAUACUUUAAGGUGGUUUUGAUGGUUUUUUUUUUUUUUUUUUAAAUCUUUUGAUCAUAGCAGAGGGCAACUCAAUGGGGCUCCAUAAAGACUCUGGUGCAGCAGCCCAAACUGCACCAGAGUCUUUAACGACUUGUGUGAGUGGUACACAUAUAAUUCAACAGCCACUCAACUGUUUUUGAGGUUUCUUUGUUACCUGUAUGUCAUUUGACCUCUGUAAAACAUUCAUAGAUUGAUUAAAACUAAGAUUGACUUUGGAAAUGUUAAUGUUAAUAAGUGGCAGAGACACUACAGAUGCUUGGAUAACUGCACACGAUAUCUUUAAAAACUAAAUGCACUGAGUGUGCUGAACAGACUGAGAAACCUCUGCUGAAUCACUGUAUAACAGCAGUUUAACUUGGGAUGUAUGAAGUGGUUAAAAAAACUGAAGGUGAUGGUCCUCUGUCAGUCACAUAUGGUAGAUGAUGAUGAUGAUGAUGAUGAUAAUAAAUUUCUGAAUUCAAAGAAAAAAA